AUGUCAGACAGUGAGAAGAUAUUGAACGAUGUGUCAGAGAUAGAGGAGACCGGUUACAUAGAGGCUUAUGUGAGGUUUAAUGAUGAUUUCGAUAGAGAUUAUUGCUUCCUGUUCAAGACCAGUGAUACCUUUCGUGAUGUCCUUAAGAUUUUUAAAACUUUGCCAAUGUCUUUGAGGCCCAAUGUUUUCUAUAAUUUAAUACCGGUUGCAUUCAAUGUUUCUACUAGUCCAGGAUAUUUAACAGACAGUGGUACAGUGCUAUUUGAUUAUCAAGUUACAAAAGAGCAAUUUUUGAAAAAAGUUGAUCUUGAUGAUAAAAUUUCGGAUAAAAUCUGGCCAGGUCAAUUGAUAGUACCAGUUUGGCAAUAUGAUUACUUUUCGUUCUAUUCUUUUAUAACAUUUUUAAUUGUUUGGCUUUACACGGAUUUACCAGAUUCAAUUUCUCCUACUCCAGGAAUUUGUUUGACGAACCAAAUCUCAAAAAUUGCUAGUAAGAUUGCCGGACACUUCCACUACGACCAUAUUUCACAACUUCUAGUUGCAGAUCUUUAUGAUCCUGUACCAAUUAUGCAGCAAGUACUUUUCUUUGGGUUUCAUUUUAUUAAAGUUUUGGCCAUUUUAGCUUAUGUUAAUACCGGUGCUUUCAAUCCUAUGAAAGUGAUCAAGUUUCUUGGAGAAAAGGUCAAGACUGGUAUCACAAAAGAGGAACUUCUUGAAAUUGGUUGGACUGGGUCUAAGAGAGCACCUCCUGACGAGUACAGGGCGUUUUAUAAAAAGGCAAAGAUUGAAGAGGCUGGUGGAGUUCUUUACGCUCAUCAACAUGGAAUUCUUGAAAAUUUGAAGCAUAUUGGAGUUUUCUUAGGCAAGGGUGAGGGAUAUAACACUCCAUUGGAUGAAAAAUCCACUUUAAAAGACUUGUUGGAUGAGACCAAACCUAAAUUCACUCUUAAUUAUCAAUAUUUUGCAGCUUUAGGACAGCUGCUUAUUGAUUACACUGAACAAGAUGGAGUUGACGUAGAAAAAGAAGUUAAGAGGUACAGAACCUUUGGAAUGUUAAACCCUGGCCCUGUUAUUACUAAAAUUGUCGAAAAGAGAAAGAAGUAUGGUGAUACUAGCUUACUUGAUUUGUUGUAA